CGGGGCAGGCGGGGCAGUUUCGUGUCCGAGACGUUUUGGGGAACCUCGCGCGGGAGCGACUCUGAGAGAAUUUACAAUAAUAACACCGAAGAUAAACCUAAUUGACUACAAUACUGCCACGUGCAAAAAUCUAGAAACUGUUCCCCAGGAAGAAACCCAUUAUUUUGGAACUGGAGGAUUCCUUUGCAUCAGAUACCAAAAUGAAGGAACCACUGCUAGAUGGUGAAUGUGACAAGGCAGUGGCACCACAGCUCGGGCUUCUAAAAGAAAUUAAGACAGAACCUGACAGUGUUCACGAGUAUUGUCAAGCCCAACAGUCCAAAACUCAGGAGAGUGGACUGAAAAUAAACACUAUGUUUUCAGACAGUGCUUCACAGUUAACUACAGGCAUUCAGCUUUCUCUGGCAUCAUCUAGCGUGAAUAAAAUGCUUCCUUCGGUUUCAACCACAGCUGUUCAGGUUUCCUGUUGUGGUUGUAAAAAAAUUCUCCAGAAGGGGCAAACUGCUUAUCAGAGGAAAGGAUCUACUCAACUUUUUUGCUCUACACUAUGCAUCAGUGAAUACAGUUCAUCUGCCAGUUCGCCAGCUCAUACCAAGAGAACUUGUUCAAACUGCUCAAAAGACAUUUUAAAUCCUAAGGAUAUGAUCAGUAUCCAGCUGGAAGAUACUAGCUCUACCAAAAAUUUUUGCGGCCCUUCUUGUCUUUUAUCAUAUGAAGAAAAAAGAAAACCAUUUGUUACCAUAUGUACUAAUAGCAUUUUGACCAAGUGCAGCAUGUGUCAGAAGAUUGCUGUUAUUCAGUAUGAAGUAAAAUACCAGAAUGUGAAACAUAGCCUCUGCAGUAGUACCUGCUUUUCGAAGUUCCACUCUGCUAACAACCUCAUCAUGAACUGUUGUGAAAACUGUGGAGCUUACUGUUACACCAGCUCUAGUGUGUUCCACAUGUUUCAGAUGGAAGGACCAUCUCAGAACUUUAAUAGUUCAAAGAAUAUUAUAGCAUAUAAGCAGAAACCAGCCAAACCACUUACAUCUGUUCCGUGCAAAUCACUGAAGCCCUCAGAUGAAAUGAUUGAGACUACCAAUGACUUGGGGAAGACAGAGCUUUUCUGCUCUAUUAAUUGUUUCUCUGCAUACAGUAAAGCUAAGAUGGAAUCUUCUACAGUAAACGUUUCCAUGGUACAUGAUAGUUCAACAGAGCUCCUUUCUCCAAAGAGAGAUACAACUCCAGUUAUAAGCAAUAUAGUGUCAUUGGCAGACACUCAGGUUGCUCUGCCCGUCAUCAACACUAAUGUCUUACAAGAUCCAGUUUCUUCAGUAACGACAGAUGUCAUUGUGGAUCUUUCUAAGAGUUCUUCACCCAGUGAAUCAAGCAGUGGUGUUGCUAAUAGUGGUAUGGAACAGGCAAGCCUUUCGCCAUCUUCAUCAGUACUCAGUCAACAAACAGUUUGUUCCAGCGUAGAAGUACAAAAAGAUAAAGUUUCAAACCAGGAUCCUGCAUACAAUGUGAAAUCUAUGAAAAUAAGUGAUGAACUAUGUGACCCAAAAUUUAUAUCCAAAGUACAAAAAGUUAAAGGUAAAUCACGAAGGAUUAAAAAAUCUUGGUGUGCAGAUUUUCAGGAUUUGGAAAACAGUAUUAAAAAAGAAAUGACAUUCUGUUAUUCAUGCCAGUUGUUCUGCCAGAACCAUUUUAGCUGUGGAAGAAAUUCAUUUGCAACUUCUAAUUGGAAAAAAACUCUGGAAAAAUUCAGAAAACAUGAAAAAAGUGAAAUGCAUUUGAAAUCAUUGAAAUUUUGGAGGGAACAUCAAUUUCGUGAUAUAACUGUUGAUGAUAAUUUAUCUAUUCAUUCAAAACAGAUUGAGGUAAAUAAAAAGUACCUAAAGCUUAUAAUUGAAAAUAUUUUAUUUCUUGGAAAGCAGUGUUUGCCCUUAAGAGGAAAGGACCAGUCUAUUUCAUAUGUGAAUAAAGGCAAUUUUUUAGAAUUGUUAGAAAUUAGAGCAAAAGAUAAGGGAGAUGAAAUAUUUCGACUUAUGAAUUCACAAGUUGACUUCUAUAAUAGUACACAAAUUCAAAGUGAUAUUAUUGAAGUAAUAAAGACUGAAAUGUUACAGGAUAUUGUGAAUGAGAUCAAUGACUCCUCAGCUUUUUCAGUAAUAUGUGAUGAGACAACUGAUAGAGCCACUAAAGAACAACUUUCAGUUUGUGUAAGAUACCCACAAAAAUCAUCAAAAGCUAUCGUAAUUAAAGAAAGAUUCUUGGGUUUUGUUGAUGUUGAAGAGAUGACUGGGACCCACUUACAUAGGACUAUCAAAGCUUACCUGCAGCAAAUUGGAGUUGAUUUGAAUAAAAUACGUGGCCAGGCCUAUGAUAGUACCACUAAUUUGAGGGUAAAAUUUAAUAAAAUUGCAGCAGAAUUCAAGAAGGAAGAACCAAGAGCUUUAUACAUGCAUUGUUACGCACACUUUUUGGAUUUAGCAGUAAUUAGGUUUUGUAAAGAAGUAAAAGAACUCCGAGGUACUCUAAACACUCUCAGUUCUUUGUUCAACACUAUUCAUAUGUCUGGAGAGAUGUUGGCAGAUUUUCGAAACAUUUGUAGGCUAAGUCAAAACAAAAUAUGCAAGAAACAUACAUCACAAUCAUGUUGGACAGUCCAUGAGCGUACAUUACUAUCUGUGAUUGACAGUCUUCCAGAGAUUAUUGAAGCAUUGGAAGUUAUAUCAACCCAUUCUUCAGACACAAGUUUGGCUGAUGAAUUGAGUGAUUUGCUGAGAUUGGUUUCCAGAUUUGAAUUUGUCUUUUGUUUGAAAUUUCUUUAUCGAGUGCUGAGUGUUACAGGAAUUCUUUCCAAAGAGCUUCAGAGUAAAACCGUAGACAUUUUUUCUUUACCUUCGAAAAUAGAAGCAAUUUUAGAAUGUUUAUCAUCUGAAAGAAAUGAUAUAUAUUUCAAAACUAUCUGGGAUGGAGCAGAAGAAAUAUGUCAAAAAAUAACUUGUAAAGGUUUUGAAGUUGAAAAACCCUGUCUUCAGAAAAGAAGAAAAAUUCAGAAAACAAUGGAUCUUGGUAGUUCAGAUGGUAUGUUUUUUCCUACUUCAACAGAAGAGCAAUAUAAAAUUAAUAUUUAUUACCAAGGAUUGGAUACUGUAUUACAAAAUUUAAAAUUAUGUUUUUCAGAGUUUGAUUAUUACAAAAUGAAGCAAAUUUCAGAACUAUUAUUUAAAUGGGAUGAACCAUUAAAUGAAACAACAGCCAAACAUGUUCAAGAAUUUUAUAAACUUGAUGCAGACAUUAUCCCAGAACUUAGAUUUUAUCAGCAUUAUGCAAAGCUAAACUUUGUUAUAGAUAGUGAUUGUGUCGACUUCAUCAGUCUUGGCUAUUUAUUUAUUCAGCAUGGUCUUCCCAAUAAUAUUCCUUGCAUCACAGAGCUAUUAUUUAUUGCUUUGUCUUGGCCAAUUACUUCAGCAAGUACUGAAAACUCAUUUUCUGUACUGCCUCAUCUUAAAACAUAUUUAUGUCAUACCAUGGGACAAGAGAAGCUUAGUGGCCUGGCCCUAAUGGCUGUUGAGCAGGAAUUGGUAAAUAAACUAAUGGAGCCUGAACGACUCAAUGGGAUUGUGGAAAAGUUUAUCAGCCAGAUCAAAGACAUAUAAUAUGUUCAUUUGAGCUUACCUAAAAGAAGUUUUAGGUACUUCUGUUGGAAUGUUAGUUUUUAUUUCAAAAUUAUGGCUCAGAAUUCAAAAGACAGAAUGAUAAUACAGUGAAAAGUCUUCUAGAGAUAUUUUUCACAAGUGGUACUGUACAGUGCACAUUGUUCUUCAGCUUGUCUUUUCCACAUAAUGUGUUUUUGAGAUGGUCCCAUAUCACUAGAGUUUCUUGAUUUUUUUUUUCAACUGCAGAUUCCAUUGUAUGAAUGUACUGUAAUAUAUUUGAGCAACCUCUACUGACAUUUUCAUUUUUUCUAAUCUUUUGCUAUAAAUAAUGCCUCAUUUCAUAACCUUGUACAUAUGUCAUAUUGCAUAUGAGUGAGUUAAUAUAAGAUAAAAUCUAAAAUUAGAAUUACAAGGUCAGAAGAUUGUAUAUUUUUAUUUUUGAUAGAUUUGGGUAAAUUGCUUUAUAUAAGGACUGUCCCAAUUUACAAUCCCACCAACAAUACAUAAAGGUGCCUAUUUCCUGGAAUUUUUGUAAACAGUGUUAUCAGAUGUUUCGCUCUUUGCCAAUCUGUUAGUUGAAAAAUGGUAUUUUAAUCUCAGUGGAAUCUUAUAUUUUCACUUAAUAAGAUUGGAUAUCUGUUUAUUUGUUUCAGCCAUUUGUAUUUCCUUUUGUAUUUCAUGUUUAAACAUUAAAAUUAAAAAUUGCUAUGUUUGUACAUCUCAGCUGGAUGACACAGCAAAUUAUUGAGCUACUUUAUUAAAGUAUGACUAUUUUCAAAUAACCCCAAAAGAAAGGACUCUUCUUUCUUUAUGUUUUAGGAAAGUUUAAAUAAUAAAGAAAAUUUGUUCCUCAAAGAUUUGAAAGGAUUUAGUGGUGCAUACAUCUGGGCCUAGAUGUAGGUUUGGUUUGGUUUGGUUUUUUUGAGAAAUAUUUUUUCUUUGGCACUAGUUUCUCCCUGUAUCCUUCCCUUGUCAAUUUUUGUAAUUUAUAAUUUUUCUAGAAAGAACAUCCAUUUCAUUGAGGCUUUCUUUCAUAUGUAUUUGCCUAGAAUUGUAGAAAGUAUUCUUAAUUUCUUCUGUGUACUUAUUCUUUUCUUAUUCAUCUUCUGUACUAUGUUUCCUUUCUUAAUUAGGCCAACUAGUGAUUUGUUCUAUUUAGUUAUUUUUUAAACACACACUUGGAUUUGUAUAUCAAUCUUACUCUACUUUUUUAAAAAUUGUGGGUGAUUUUAACACAUAUAAAAUACAAAGCUGUAUGCGGUACGGCUUGCCGGUAGUCCCCAGCUAAUCAGGAAACUGAGGCAGGAGGAUUGCUUGAGUUCAGGAGUUCAAGGCUGUAGUGUGCCUUUGAUCACA